CCGAUGGUCAAUAACGUACAUCCUACGUGCGUCUCGGGUCCUGGGAUUUGGAAAUGAGAAGACGCCUCCCUGUCUCCGUCUUGUCCUCACCUCCUGUGUAGCAGUCUAGUAGAGCAAGCUAGUGACCAUGGCUGGCUCACUGUUCUCCGUUCCGAUAUUCUUCAUUGUCUUUCGAGAGACCCUUGAGGCUGUUAUUAUCAUCUCUGUCCUCCUUGGUCUUGUCGAGCAGAUUGCUCGUCCCUCUGCAAAUGGCCCGGGACUCUUUGUGUCUGAUUGGAGACAUCCGAACCAUCCACAGCAUGCAGCCUACCUCAAGGAUCGUGCUGACAAGGCCAUUGCCAGAGAAAAACAGCGCGAGGAAAAUGGUUCUAACGGGCUGCCGGAAUUGAGAAGAAAUAACAGCGAAGAGACGGGUGGAGAGGAGAGUGAGGCAGAUACGAAGCGGCUUAUCCAUAAGCUUCGCGUGCAGAUUUUCCUCGGUAGUGCGCUUGGUCUCCUUAUUGCGCUCGGCAUUGGUGCAGCUUUUAUUGCCGUUUUCUUCACUCAGGCGUCCGAUCUGUGGCAAAAGACCGAAGAGCUUUGGGAGGGAAUUUUCUCUCUCAUUGCCUCCCUCAUUAUCCUUGCAAUGGGACUCACGAUGCUCAAACUUGACCGUGCGCGCACGAAGUGGCGCGUCAAGCUCCAGCGGGCAUUUGAGAAAGCAGCAAAGGACAAAGAGGGCCGUGCAGGUCGCUUUGUGCUAUUCGUCCUUCCGUUCAUUACAGUUCUUCGUGAGGGGCUUGAAGCUGUUGUCUUUGUCGGUGGGGUCUCUCUUGGACAAUCUGCGCGCUCUAUCCCUAUUGCUGCGAUUGUCGGCCUUAUUUGCGGACUGAUUUGCGGGUUCCUUAUCUAUGCGUUUGCAAGUCGUGCGACGUUGGCGACUUUCCUCAUUGUCAUGACGAACUUUAUCCUCCUCAUCGGUGCCGGGCUGUUUUCCAAGGCAGUGGGUGACUUCCAGGUCAAUGCAUUCAACCGGCUUCUCGGUGUAGACAUCGACGAUGCGGGAGGCGACGGACCGGGAAGCUACGACGUCCGUGGCGUUGUUUGGCAUCUGGACUGCUGUAACCCCGAGAACAACUUCGACAGUCAAGGUUGGAACAUCUUUGCCGCGCUUUUCGGCUGGACGAAUACUGCAACCGUUGGUACUGUGCUCGCAUACGUGUUCUAUUGGCUCCUCGCGAUGGCUCUGCUCGUCUACAUGAAAUUCUCCGAAGGCCGAAUCAAGGUAUUCGGCUUUGAGAGCGCUGCAUAUCGCCGUCGCUAUGCUGCCAAGGCCGACGUGGCCGCUGCUAGAGAUACGAGGGAGAAAGAGGGCCAACACACGCCAAGCAGCGAGGAUGCGCCGGCCAUUUCUGAGCUGCCACGUUAAGUCCGGGGGCGGUGAAUGGUGGUAACGACAUAACAAAUUUUGAUGACAGAGUAACAAAGAGUGUCCAGAUGACUUUGAAGUUUCGUUUUCUUCAUUCUCCCAUUCUACGCUUCCUUCCAUUCAUGCUUUCCGAUUCCGAGUGAUUCCUGUUAUCUCGUGUGUAGUUUGUAUCGGGUUUCGGCUUCAAAAGUGGUGUGAUAAGAUAUGCAAUGCGACAAGGUCCGACGCAACGAAUGAAAAAAGGCACACCGAACCAGGGACUACGAACAGAUGCCAGUUAUUGGAUCGAGUUAAAGGGCUAGAAUGAAAAGAGACGGAGUGCCUAUUCGAUGUAUCUAAGAAUACAUGUCAAAUUUUAGGUUUCGGGGGGCCACGAGAUACAGUGUUAUCAGAUAUGGAUCUUCGCUAGUUA